AUGUCCGACACUUCCGGUCAGCUUCCUCCGGGCGCGACUAAACGGCCUAGACCAGUAAUAUCAUGCCUUAUUUGCAGGAGGAAGAAGCUCAAAUGCGACCGGCUCCGACCUUGCCAGCAAUGCAUCAAGGUUGGUCGCCCAACCGGGUGUAUCUACCAGCCUGGACAGGAACCUGAGCCCAAUGUCGCAUAUCUACAAGGGCAUCCCAGUAAGCGACAGAGAUUCGAAGCAUCCUUUGUGGAUAUUACGAAUGGCAACCUAGCAAUCGCUCCUCGUCCUCCUCAGACGCCCACAGGAGGCGUGAUAGAGGACUUACUUGCACGCGUCGCGAGGAUCGAGAAGGCCGUCUUCCCACAAGAAGGUCACUCAGAUGCCAUUCAGCCUCCCGCCACACCGACCAGGGCCAAGAUCAAAGACGAUGACCUCGACCAGAAAAUCUAUACGCCAGCAGUAACAACCAAUUUGAGUUUCCAGUUUCCCGAUGCAUGUCGAUUCAUUAUGGACUUACCAAACAACCCUACCAUGGCGAGCCUUCGGACAAAUCUGCGAACUGUGCACUUGGCUGUGGAGAGGAACAACCAUAAAAUGUUACUUGGCCAAGAUUCCAAGGCCACUGGCUACCAAGAAGUUCUUCAGCUCCCUCCUCUUCAUAUUUGCGAGAGACUGGCCACCCUCUACUUCGACAAUAUGGAGCAUUGCUUCAGGGUUCUGCACGCCCCUACGUUCAUGCGACAACUCAGGACCCUCUUCACCGACGGCGCUGGCGAACAAGCUUGCGGCCUGGGCUUUGUCCCACAACUUGUUGGCGUGUUACUAGUCGGAGCGAGUGUCGGCACCCACGAAGAAUGCGAAAUCGCGGCCUCUACUUCAAUGCUCCGUCCUAUGCGCGUUCUCAAGUUCAUGCAGGACUUUCUCGAUAAGGUGCAGCCGCGACAACAAUAUCUCCUACCAGUCUUGCAGGUCAAGAUGUUGAAGCUUGUCUGUCACUGGAGCUCUCUGGGACGUCUCGAUGAUCUGAUACGUUUGAACGGGGAGAUCCUUCGCGACGGUCUAAUCAUGCUGUUGAACGAGGAUCCUUCAAGGCGACCUGGGAUCAGUGUGUUCGAAGGCGAACUCCGGCGGCGACUCUGGAUGACCAUCGUCGAAAUCGACCUCAUGUUAUGUAUCCUGUGCAGGAUACCGUGUAUGGUGCCGCCGUACACUUCGAAUCCUCCGCGGAACAUCAACGAUGACGAGAUAUACGAAGGCAUCGAAGUCUUGCCGGAAUCCAGACCCAUAGAAGAGUGGACAGACGGGCUAUGUCAGCACAUGCUCUCAAAGUCGUUCCCGCUACGCCUCAGGGCCUGCAAACAGAUGGACAGCACGAGCCACAUAUCGUUCAACGAUCUCCGCGUCUUCACCCAAGACCUUGAGAAAAUCUUACAGGAACUGCCAUCUCCCUUGCGCUUCACUUACCAAGGCGACCAAGCGAGCAAGACGCCCCCGCGUCUGCUGGCGCGGAUGGAGUUGGACUUUAGCAUUCGUCGCCCCUUGAUGCAUCUCUACACAUGCUUCGUGGCCAGCUCGAACGCCGCUGACAUCUCCCAAGAAUGGACCGAUGGCUUUUUACAAUCUUGUUUGAUGAUUACGACUUUCCAAGACCUGUUCGACCCACGGUAUUCGGAAAUCGACGUGCCCCGGCCCGAGGGAUACUGGGACUUCUUCCACAACCUCUACCGCAACGAGCUGGUCCAAGCCAUCCUCGGCCUCUGUCUCGGAAUUAAAGGGCUAGGCACUGCGACCUCCUGCGACGACCCUGCCGUGCAAGGCACGACGCCGUCUACGACGACGCCCGGAGACGGCUCCCAGUCGCGGUACCCGGGGUACACGAGAUCCAACCUGAUCUCCUCGGUCGUAGACACCUUGGAGCCCCUGAAGCUUCGCAUAUCCCACCCGGGCGCCAACUUCAAGGACAUGGCUUACUUUACCAUCGUCCUGACGUCCCUCUUGCCCGAGAAUCCAGGCGAACCGAAGCAGGCGAGCAUUCAGAGGUCGCUGCAGGGCUUGGUGCGGGAGUGUCUCGAUCAGUUGCGGAAGGACAACGUGCCGAUACCGUUGCUGGAAAAUCAUACUUCUCGACCGCACGACGUCGUGGGCAACCCGUCUCAGGACGCGGGUCAUUCCUAUGACUCGGUCUGGUGUGGCUUUCCGGCCGUCGACCUCUUCGAGCCCCCCGAGAUACCUAAUAUGCUUGGCCAUGAUGAUAAAUAA